UGCCAAGUAUCUGACCCAGCCAGUGGAUGCGGCCAGGCAGCCCUAGAUUGACUCCAUUAAAAACUCCCGUAAGCCUUGCUGCGUCUGCCUCAGCAUGGCGGGAGGGAGGGACACCUUGGCUGUGGGUCUGUUCCCUCUCCUGUGAUUGCUGACCAGGAUCUCCCCGGGCUUGCCUUCCCUUCAGCCGCCCAGCGUGGUCUCACCAUCACCAUGCAGUAGACUCACUUGGGAGGCCUUUAGAAGUGCUGAUGCCAGGACCAAUUCAGUGGGAGCUUCUGGGGCUGGGAGGAGCAGCGUCCCAGUGAGAAGAGAGAAGGCUGCUCUGACAAAUCUGAACAUCUAGCUAUCUUCAGCCCUGCCGAGCUUGCGUGCGUUCUCCUAAACCUUGACAUCCCCCCACCCCCACCCAGGAUUCUCUGGAAAAUCAGUUGUAGGACCUUCGGCAGUGCUAUAUGGGACGCCGCCUCAGCAUGGCCUGAUGAGCGGAGCUAGGUCCACACCCAGGAUCUGAACCAGCAAAACCCUGGGCUGCAGAAGUGAAGCGCGUGAGCUUAACCACUCCGCCAUGGGCCAGGCCCCUCAAGGACCUGUUUUAAUGAAACAGGACUAGAUAUGACGAUUUCACACACGAUUUCAGACCAGAAAGGAAGACCAAUUCUUUGUUUUGGUCAUCGCUCUGUCUGAACUACUCUGUGAUGCGGAAGAGUGUUUGCAUUUGUUCUGCUGUGGGGAGAGGGAGGGAGCCCUGUCACCUCGCUGAGCUUGCUCCCUGCAGCGGCAGUCAGGAGGCUGGCCCAGGCCAGGGACAGGAGCUGUGUGAUGGAGGGAAGGCAGGUGCUGUGGGUGGGGUGGACAUGAGUGCGAGGCACCGGGCUGGGAUGGCAGUAGUGUUCAGAGGAGGGCACCGAGCAAGGGGCUGGGGUUUAGGGUGUAGGGUGGAUAUGGGCUUAGGGGAGGAUGAGCCUGGCUGGAGUAGCCUGUGAGGCAUCCAGAUGCCACGCUAAGCAGCACUGUGUAGGUGGGGGUUUCUGCCUCUGGAAAGACCCUCAGGCUGCAGUGUAGAGAGUGGCCAGCACAGCUCCAGAGCCAGUGGGGAGGCCAGGGCAGAGGCUGUUAUGUGGGCCUGAGCUGAGACGGGGGCUGCCAGGCUGGAGGACUCGCCAAGGGUGAGGCUUUCCUCUUGGGAGGUAGUCAGCGACAGAGGUCAAUGUCCGUGGACCGGGCCAUGUGAUGCAGACACCCCGAAUCUGGUCCACCCUCCCUGGGCUGUUGCCUGCUUCAGCACCCACCCGGUAGUCUGCCCCUGCUUCUCUCUCCUUCUCCAGCCUCUCCUCAAGGAAGUGGGGAUAGUGAAGCACGCUGGGGUAUGGCCGCUGGCCUGUCACCCAUGUGGGGACCUUGUAGCCUCAUCUCAGGGACUGCAUCAGCUUUGGUUUCUAGUGCAUGGAAGACUGGCCUUGGGGGUUGACUUGGCCAGCUUAGUGUCUGCAAAAUACUGUCCUACAGAGACUCGGCACGAGUGAGGAAGUCAAGAACACAGAGCAGGGACACAGGAACUCGGGGGAGGUUCCAUCGCGGCCGUAUCCCUCUUCGUUCUCUGCUCCCUGAUCAUGAGCACAGCAGCCCAAUGGACAAGGAUUUUCAAAUGUUAGAAAGGAUGGGAAAAGACUGAGUUCCCGGUCAGAGGGCAAAGACCUGGUACCCAGGCCCAGGCCAGGUACACAAAGGGAGAGCAGAUCUGAGCCCUUGCUGUCUGAAGUGGGAAACCUCAUGUCCUGCUACAGAUCCGUCAGAGCCCGGGAGACCUGGACCCACCCGGCUCAGCAUAGCAGCAGCGAUGGGGCAGAACGAGGAGGUGUGGAAGCAGGUGUUUCAGGAAUUAAUUCAGGAGGUGAAACCAUGGCACAAAUGGACCCUGAGACUAGAUGAGAGCCUUCUUCCCGGCAUUCAGAAGCGGGGGUGGACACAGUAUCAGCAGUGGGGCUUUGCCAGAUUCCAGUGCUCCUCGUGCUCCCGCACUUGGGCCUCUGCCCGAGUUCAGGUCCUUUUCCACAUGCACUGGAGUGAGGUGAAGUCCAGGGGCCGGGUGAAGAUGAGGGUCUUUGCCCAGAGAUGUCAGAAGUGCUCCCAGCCUCCGUUUGAGGUUCCUGAGUUCACGAAUGAGAACAUCUCAAGGAUCCUGAACAACCUGGUGGUCCGAAUUCUGAAGAAGUGCUAUGGAGAAGAAUUUAAGUUGACUGAAGAGAUUCCUAUGAUCCGAGAAAUCUCUCUUGAAGGGCCACAUGACAGUGACAACUGCGAGGCAUGUCUGCAGGGCUUCUGUGUUCAGCGGGGGUCAGGCAUGGCCGUGCAGUCGCCAGUGUAUCCACCACUUCUCACGAUAGGCUCACCUAUCUCCCUCAGCAUCACCACACACAAGCCUUCUCCCACAAGGAGUGGCCCCUCCGCGGAUGCAGCGAAGAAAGGAAAGGUAUUACCCAGCCCCUGGUUUUCUGCGCCCACCCCCUGGGUUUCUGCGCCCACACAGGCUGCGAGCUUCCCCACCUCCUGGAGCCCAGGAGCAAACCCCAACCGCCAGGAGAAGAGAGUCCAGGACUCCCUCUCAAGCGAGAUGUUCUAUCCCUACACAGCCCAGAGGCCUGCACACAGGGCCUUCGGCCUGUGCUGCUGUGUUCUCAUUCUAAUCAUCAUCAUCGUGACUGCUGUGACACUCAGGAUCUGAGCCUCGAAUGCAUGAUGCCAAGCUAAAAAGUCAGACAGACUAAGUCAUAUAUUGUGUGAUCCCAUUGAUAUGAAACAUUCAGAAUAGGUAAAUCCAGAGUUGGGAAGUAAACUGAUGGCUACCCAGGGGCUGGAGGGAGAGGGGAAUUAGGGAGCAACUAUGUAAUCUGUACAGGUUUUGCGGGGGGUGUGAUGAAAAUGUUUUGGCAUAAGAUAGAGGUGGUGGUUGCACAAUACUGUGACUGCCCUAAAUGCCAUUGAAUUGUUCGCUUUAAAAUGGUUAACCAUGUGAAUUACACCUCGAUUUAAAAAAACAGCGCUGUAAUUUCGUUCGUUCUCUAGAAAACUGAGAGUGAAGCGUUUAUGACUUACAGAACGAUUUGGAAAUCCUAUGAAACCUGUGGGCCCUCUCACCGGAAAAUGUUGCACAGACCCUCGGACGGCAGUCUGUGGAGGCAUUUGCAGUUGAAAGCAUUAGGCUGAAAACCCGGGUUCUAAAGCAGGGUUCUCCACAGCCGCUGAGGGACGAGGCAGACCGUCCACUGAGGUGAGAGAGGCAUCCUUAGAGCUCCGUUUAAUUUUUCUUCAUACUUUACUAUUUCUUGUUGCGUGUUUUGUAAUGUAUGCUAAUAUAUUAGUAGAAUGAUAUAAUGAUAUAAAUAAAUAAAUAUAUACCCACUUGGAGUGUGUGCUCAAUUUUCAUUG